CGUGUAAAGGAACAAUGUUUGGUUUAUAUCAAAGAGAAAAAUAUUUUUCUCUUUGAUCUACACAUCUAUAGUAGUCUUUGAUUGGUCUGUGGUCGAGUUUUGGACUUUGUUGUUAUCUCCCGGUUUUUCGAAAAAUUUGAAAUGGUAAAGAACAAAUUAUCAAAUUUUAUUUUGCUUCUGCUAUUGGCAUCAAAAACUAGAUGUAGCAAUGAUAUAGAUAUUAAAACCGAAGAAGACGUUGGUGUGAAAUACGCUAAUAGAUGUGAAGUGUGUAAGAUACUUGCCACGGAACUGCAAGGUAGGCUCGAAGAAACCGGAAAAAUACACGAUGUCAUUGAAAUAGGAUAUUCAUUAGAUGAUGUCCAACCAAAAAAGAAAAUGAAAUACCAAAAAUCGGAGUUAAGACUAAUAGAAUCUUUAGAAGGUGUCUGUGAUAAAAUUCUGGAAUACAAUAUUCACAAAGAACGUCAAGACAGUACUCGAUUCGCAAAGGGUAUGAGUCAAACAUUUAAGACUUUGCAUGGAUUAGUGGAUAAGGGUGUAAAAGUUGACCUUGGCAUUCCUUAUGAACUUUGGGACAAACCUUCUGCUGAAAUAACCAAUAUGAAAAGUCAAUGUGAGAGCCUCCUAGAAGAAAACGAGGGAGCAGUUGAAGAUUGGUAUUGGAACCAUCAGGGUGAUACAGAUUUAAAAAUCCAUUUAUGUACAAAACAUGCUUUGAAGGGAGCUGAUGAUUCAUGUUUAUAUGAAAACCUAAUCGAGUCUAAUGCCAAGGGUGAACAUGGAAAAUUUGAAAAAUCUGAGCUCUGAUGACUAUUAAGGCUAAUUUAAAAUCUAAAAUAGGCUGUGUUAAAAUGAGUAUUGAUCUUGCAACAGGAUUAGAUAAAUACAUGCAUAUUAAGUUAGUAUUUUGAUAAACAUAAAUUGUUAUUAAUAAGUACAAAGUGAUCAAUUCAUUAAGUUUAGAUUUUAAGUUUUUAUAUGAAGCAAUUUAUUUAAAGGUUUUUUUUAGAUUACUUUUCUGAAGUAUAUUUAACAAAAAUAAGUUAAUAAGAUUUUUUAUCCAUCUUAUUUGCUUUUUCAGCCCUUCAAAGUAUUGUAGGCUGCUAAAUCACCAUUGAAGUUUUCCUAUAUCCUAUGUUAUUGUAGAAUAGUCAGAUAUUGCAUUUACAGUAAUAUACGCAUGAAAUAAUAAUAUUUAGAAUAUAUCUUGCUAAUAAUAGCUAGGACUUAAAAGUAAUAAAAGUUCUUAAGUUUUUAUAUGAAACAAAUUAUUGAAAGGUUUUUUUAGAUUACUUUUCUGAAGUAUAUUCAACAAAAAUAAGUUAAUAAGGUUUUUUAUCCAUCUUAUUUGCUCUUUCAGCCCUUCAAAGUAUUGUAGGCUGUUAAAUCACCAUUGAGGUUUUUCUAUAUCUUAUAUUAUUGUAGAAUAGUCAGAUAUUGCAUUUACAGCAAUAUACGCAUGAAAUGGUAAUAUUUACAAUAUAUCUUGCUAAUAAUAGCUAGGACUUAAAAGUAAUAAAAGUUCCAAAACUUGAAAACUAUUAUUUCACUAUGACCGAUCAAAGUA